CUGCGGUCGGCGGGACUUCCGUGUUGGCGGGAUUCUGAACGCUGCCAUGGCUCAGACCGUGCAGAACGUUACAUUGUCGCUCACGUUGCCCAUCACGUGCCACAUUUGCUUGGGGAAGGUACGCCAGCCUGUCAUAUGCAUCAACAACCAUGUAUUUUGUUCGAUUUGUAUCGAUUUGUGGUUGAAGAAUAAUAGCCAGUGUCCAGCUUGCAGAGUCCCCAUCACUCCUGAAAAUCCUUGCAAAGAGAUUAUCGGAGGAACAAGUGAAAGUGAACCUAUGCUAAGUCAUACAGUCAGAAAGCACCUUCGGAAAACUAGACUUGAGUUACUCCACAAAGAAUAUGAGGAUGAAAUAGAUUGUCUGCAGAAAGAGGUAGAAGAGCUUAAAAGUAAAAAUCUCAGCUUGGAGUCACAGAUCAAGACUAUUCUGGAUCCUUUAACCUUGAUGCAGGGCAACCAGAAUGAAGACAGACAUCCAGUUGCAGAUAAUCCAAGUAAAAUUGACUCAGAAACUGUAGCAGAGUGGAAGAAAAAACUCAGAACAGCUAAUGAAAUCUAUGAGAAAGUGAAAGAUGAUGUAGAUAAGCUAAAGGAGGCAAAUAAAAAAUUGAAAUUGGAAAAUGGUGGCCUGGUGAGGGAGAAUUUACGCCUAAAGGCUGAAGUUGAUAACAGAUCACCCCAAAAGUUUGGAAGGUUUACAGUUGCUGCUCUUCAGUCCAAAGUAGAACAAUAUGAACGUGAAACCAGUCGCCUCAAGAAAGCCCUGGAACGAAGUGAUAAAUAUAUAGAGGAACUAGAAUCUCAAGUUGCACAGCUGAAAAAUUCAAGUGAUGAGAAGGAAGCCGUGAAUUCCAUUUGCCAGAGAGUACUUUGUACAGAUGGCAAGGGGAACAAAGGCAGCGAGGAGGAUAUGGCAUCAAAGAGCCAAGGUGAUGGUGCCAGAAAGCAGCCUGGCUCAUCCACCUCAGGUUCUUCUCACCUGGCAAAGCCUUCCAGCAGCAGACUCUCUGAUACCAGUUCUGCCAGGCAGGAAAGUACCAGCAAAACAGAACCAAACUGUUCUAACAAAGACCUUUAUCAAAAACAGAUGGAAAUAGUGUUAGAUGUGACAGAUACAAGUAUGGAUACUUAUUUGGAAAGUGAGUGGGGUAAUAAAACAAGUGAAUGCGUACCCUACAAAGAUGAAGACCUUUAUGAUCUUCCAGCUCCUUGUACUCCUCUGUCCCUUAGUUGCCUUCAGCUCAGUACUCCAGAAAAUAGAGAGAGCUCUGUGGUCAAAGCAGGGGGUUCCAAAAAGCACUCAAACCAUCUCAGAAAAUUGGUGUUUGAUGAGUUUUGUGAUUCUCCCAAUGUUUGUAAUAAAGAUUCUUCAGAGGAUGCUAUAAGUCAAAGUGAAAAUGAAAAGAAAUCAGACUGUUUUGUUUCCCCAAAGACAGGGUUUUGGGAUUGUUGCUCCACAAGCUAUGCCCAAAGCUUGGGUUUUGAAAGCUCAGAGGAGAACACCAUAGCAAAUUCUGUUGGGGAAAUAUCGUCAAAGUCGAGUGAGAGAUCAAGCUUAUGUUUAUCCAAGAGGCUGAGUUCUAUUCGUUCUUUUGAAAUGAAUCGGACAAGAACAUCCAGUGAGGCAUCAAUGGACGCAGCUUACCUUGACAAAAUCUCUGAGUUGGAUUCAAUGAUGUCAGAGUCGGACAACAGCAAGAGCCCCUGUAACAAUGGUUUUAAGUCUGUGGAUUUGGAUGGGUUAUCAAAGUCAUCUCAAAGCACUGAAUUUCUUGAUGAACCAGAUAAGUUGGAAGAAAGAACUAAACCAAACCUUUCCAAAGGUUCUCUAACUACCGAUCAGUUAGAAAAUGGAAAUGAAUGGAAAUCCACUUCUUUCUUUCUUCUCCCUCCAUCUGACCAAGAAAUGAAUGAAGAUUUUUCACUCCAUCCCAGUUCCAAUCCAGGAACUAAUGAAAUCAAACCCCCAAGCUGUUUGUUUCAGACAGAAUUUUCCCAGGGUGUUUUGUUAAGCAGUUCACGCCGGCUAUUUGAAGAUCAAAGAUUUGGGUCAUCUUUGUUUAAGAUGUCCUCAGAGAUGCAUGGUCUUCAUAACCACCUUCAGUCUCCUUGGUCUACUUCCUUUGUGCCUGAAAAGAGGAAUAAAAAUGUGAAUCAUUCAACGAAAAGAAAAAUCCAGAGCAGCCUUUCUAAUGCCAGCCCCUCAAAAGCAACUAAAAGUUGACUCAUUAGAAAGGUGUCAUUUGUGUUUUUGUCCUGAGAGGAAUAUGAAAGUUUUUAAAGUUAUUUUUCUUUUUUUCAUCGGAAAAGUUCUGUACAAUUUUAAAUUGAUAAUCUUUGGUCAAGUUUCAAGUCAGAAUGGUGGAUUAACCUGUACCCGGAAUACUGUUGUUCAUUUUGAAUGGAGUUCAGUCUUUUGAUUAUGUUUUUGUUGGGAAUCUUUUUGAUCCUGGAAGGUAGAAAGAGGGUUUUGUUUUGUUUUUAAAGAGUACUAUAUGUAUCUGAGUUAGGGAUAUUUUAUUUUCUUGAACUUUGACUUAACUGUUAGACACAGUGGCCUGCUGAUCAGCCUUAGUUGUCUCACUUGGAUUUUGUAAAUACAACUUUCGGUGCUGUCUGCACACUCACUGCCCAUAAAACACUUGAGUUUCCUUGAAGCUUUUCCUAGGGUGGAAGUUAUUUUACCUGCCUCUUUUUAUUUAUGUUUAGUGAUGGCCUAACUUUUAUGCAAGGCAGUGAUGGAGAAAUAGCACUCAAACCAUAGUUCAGUACUCAUUUGUUUUAGAUUUUACAUAUAUGUUUGCGUUUGUUAAACAUUGUGUUUUGUCCCAUAUUUGUAAAAAAUGUUCUGCUAGUGUGAGAAGACAUUUUCUAUUUGAAAAUAAUUCAUUUUAUGUCGGGUAGGUUCAGUUUGCUUGUCUUUUCAUGUGUGUGUAAAAUCAGAAAUUGAGCUUACUUUGGAAGAGAUUAUGGCAGCGUUGGGUUUGAAGGAGCCUAAAUCAGAUAGUUUCAUUUUUCUGGAUAUAUAGCUACAGAAACACUCAUUGCCAAGUUCUUCAUCCACUGACAUCCCAGGGGACCCUUUUGGAGGGAAGCUCUUGUUAGCAUGUUAGUGUUCUUUAUGUCAACUCUAUGCACGGUAGCAUUCUUGCUUACUCCAUUUUCCAUACUUAAGAAAGAUAAGUUUCAACUAGUUUACAUAACAUCUUUUAUGUAGAACAAAUUCUUUUUUCAUGAAGAAUGUGGGGGGGUGGUGAGGAUAGGUAAAAGUAGAGCACAGUUUUUAAUUUAGGCUCUGAAAAAGUGUAUUACUAAUCCAGACAUGUUUGGCAUACCUGUACAGGCCUUUAAAAAUGGGUUUGUAUGCUAAUGAGUCGUUUAAUGUGCACUGAACAUUUUACAUUAAUACUGUAAUGUUUUACAUUAAUACCGCAUGCUUUUCCAUGUGAAGUGAAUAAAAGAUGUCAUAAGCACUGUAAUCCUUGAUGUUGUUUUGAAUAUUGAAUUGGCCCAUAAAGACCAGGAAAACUUACUGUUUUCAGUUGAUCUUAAACAGGG